AUGGCUGACAACGGUGACGCUGUUGCUUCUAGCCCCAACUGGGCAUCACAGGACUUAAAUCUGCAUCUGUCCCUCUCAGACUCACUCCAGUUCACAACGUUGAGAUCUCAGCUCUGUUCUGGACCUGACUCUUCUGACUCUCUUUCUAUCAAGAUGAAGACCAGGAAGAGUGCUAGCACCUCUCAGGAACUUCUGCUCAGGAAGUGUUCCACCCACCUGGCGAAGAUCGCUGUUGUCCUGCAGGACGCUCCAGGAGAGAUGCUCACCUUCAGACAGAUUGUAGACAAGCUGACACCUUGGGACAACAAAAACAGAAAACAUUCUGCCAGAAAAAUCAGUUUCUUUCUAUCAACAUAUGACUGUUUUUACAGGAUCCUAAACCCUGAUGACAAAAGGAGAGCGCUCUGGAAGCUAGACACCAGUAAGGUCACGGUGAAGAUGGUACACCGUCACUUCAGAGGGAUCCUGCAGCUCUUUCCUGAGCUGGCCUCCAAAGUUGGGCUAGAGAGUAUGAGCUCAGAGCCAUGCUCAUCCCCUGUCUCUUCUGAAAACUUGGCCUGCCGAGACGCUCAGAUCCGAUAUGAGGGAAAGUUCAGCAGUCCGUUCUCCAUCGAAUCCAUCAUGAAGAGAGACGGUCCGUCCACACUGAGGCUACAGAGGAGCUUCAGCUGGGAUACUCAGCAGCUCCCCCUCCUGCACACUUCAACUGGAGGUCCCUCUGUCUGCUCAGCAGGGGGCAGCACACACCACAGACUCACUGCUACAGCUCAUGAAUCUGCCCUGAAGAGAAACAGUCCCUCCUCUCAGACCCCCAAAGCUUCUCUGUGCAGCGUACCUGUCAGACCUGUGCAAAGAGGGUUGAAGAUGAGCUUCAGCUGGGACUCUCAGCAGCUUCUCCUGCAGACUUUAGUUGGAGGUCCCUUUGUUCGCUCAGCAGGGGGCAGCACACACCACAGACUCACUGCUGCUGGAGCAGCUAAUGACUCGAGGAGGCCCCCUGUGUACUGUGAGCCCUCAUUCCCUGUGUACAUCAGAGCUGCUCCUCAUUACAAGCCUGCACAGCACUUACAUCACCUACUCUGUACCAACAUUUACCCAUGA